UUCUAUUCUUCUCUUAAAAUUCUUCUGAAACUGAAAUAAACUGCGAUUUCUUUUUAAAAAAAUCUGUUCUGUAAAUUAUUUUAGGGGUUACUGGAAAUGCAGAGUUGAAUUGAAUACACAGAAAUAAAAUAAUCGAGAGAAAAAUAAAAUGGAUUGUGAAAGUAAAGAAAAUGGUGUUUGUGUAGAAGAAGUUAAUGGUGGUUUAGAUAUUUGGAGUUCAAACAAGAAUUCUUCUUCUUCUCCUUCUUCACCACCUAAUCAUCUUGUUGUUAUGGUUAAUGGAAUUAUGGGAAGUUCUAAGGAUUGGAAAUUUGGGGCUGAGCAAUUUGCAAAAAGUCUCCAUGAUUCAGUGACUGUUCAUUGUAGCGAACGCAAUGCAUCACGGUUGACGUUAGAUGGUAUAGAUGUUAUGGGGGAACGCUUGGCUGAGGAGGUGUUGGAAGUGAUUCAACGUAAACCAGAAAUACAAAGGAUUUCUUUUGUGGCACACUCUUUGGGUGGAUUAGUAGCAAGAUAUGCCAUUGGAAGACUUUAUAGACCUCCUAGUAGGGAAAAUACAGAAGACGGGUCUAACAAAUUAUGUGAUGGGUAUUCAGGAGGUACAAUAUGCGGCUUAGAGGCGAUGAAUUUUGUAACUGUGGCAUCUCCUCAUCUUGGUUCAAGGGGUAACUAUCAUGUUCCGUUUCUUUUUGGUCUAACUGCAUUGGAGAAAGCUGCAUCUUGUGUUGCUCAUUGGAUCUUUAGGAAAUCAGGCCGCCAUCUUUUUCUUACAGAUGCCGAGGAAGGGAAACCUCCAUUACUUCGAUGCAUGGUGGAGGAUAAUGGGGACCUUUAUUUCAUAUCUGCCUUGCGGGCAUUCAAGCGCCGAGUUGCAUAUUCGAAUGUCGGCUAUGACCAUAUUGUGGGUUGGAGGACGUCAUCUAUUAGACGAACUAGUGAACUUCCAAAGUGGGAGGAUGCUGUUAGUGAGAAGUAUCCACAUAUUGUAUACGAAGAGAGAUGCAAAGGUAGUGAUAGUGGAAAGUGUGUGACAAUAGAAGAUAAAGACUCAGAUGUGUUAGAAGAGGCUAUGGUGACGGGUCUCUCUCGUGUGUCAUGGGAAAAGGUCGAUGUUAGCUUUCACACCAGCAGGCAGAGGUUUGCAGCACAUAAUGUCAUUCAGGUCAAAGAUAACUACAUGCACUCAGAAGGGGCAGAUGUCAUACAACACAUGAUUGAUCAUUUCCUUACCUAAAAAGCAGCAUUCUCUUAACUGUUGAUGCAGCGGCCCCAUCAUUCAUGAUCAUAAAAGCACAAGUCCAAUUAUUCACGUUGAUAAAAGCACAAUGGUGUUUAAGAUGAUAUAAUCACCACGGCCAUGAUUGGAGGUGUUAUAAAAGAGGUUAUUGCUGCUAAGAAUUGGAACUCUCUUCUGUAAAUUGAGGCCCCACAAACUUAAGGUGUUUGUACUUUCAGCUGGUUAUUCCUUGGCGAUUCUUCUAUUUGAUUCAUUAAUUGUCAAAUGUACAUAAGAAAAUUUGUGUAUUUUAUAGUCGGUGAGAAAAUGCGAUAAACUACGCAUUUUCUGAGAGGAUGCAAGUCAUAUAGAAUAGUUGUUCAUGCAGCUCCCAAGUUAGAGACCUGCUAAUAGACCUGAUGUUCCAAGUGUUAUAGUAGCCAA